AUGUCACGAAUCAACCUUCCCUCCAACCAGAUCAAGCUCACAAACGUCUCGCUCGUGCGCCUGAAAAAGGGCAAGAAGCGCUUCGAAAUCGCCUGCUACAAGAACAAAGUCCUCGAGUGGCGCUCCGGCAUCGAGACGGACCUCGACAACGUCCUCCAGAUCCCAAACGUCUUCCUCAACGUCUCCAAGGGCCAGACUGCGCCCAAGGAGGAUCUCGAAAAGGCCUUUGGCAAGGGCAAGUCCACCGACGAAAUCGUCCUCGAAAUCUUGAAAAAGGGAGAACUACAAGUUGGGGACAAAGAGCGCGCGGCGCAGCUGGAAAGGGUGCAUAAUGAGGUCAUCAGCAUUGUGGUCAGCAAGCUGGUCGACCCGCGGACGAAGAGGGUGUACACCCCCGGCAUGAUCGAAAAGGCCCUCGACAUGCUGAGCUCGCAGGCGCACAGCGGAGAAAAGACGACGGAUUCGGGAACCGCAACGCCCACGACGGCAGAGGCUGGCGAGGCCAAGCCCAAGGCCAGAGAACACACUUGGACGGGAGUUGUCACCACCAAGAGCGCAAAGAGCCAGGCCCUGGACGCCAUGAAGGCGCUCAUCGCAUAUCAACCCAUCCCCGUCGCGCGAGCUAGGAUGAAGCUCCGAGUUUCAUGCUCGACCAAUGUUCUCAAACAGGCAGUCAAGGCGCCCAAAGGUGCCGCAAAGGAGGAGGAUGGCGAAGCAAAGGCAGCCGGCACAGUCAAAGAUCGGAUUUUAAGCUACGUCGAGCAGGUUGAGAGCCAGGACGUCAUGAGCUCGGAAUGGGAAGUUGUGGGCUUUGUUGAGCCGGGUGCUUUCAAGGCUUUGUCUGAUUUUAUUGGCAACGAGACCAAGGGCCAAGGCAGAGUCGAGGUUUUGGAUAUGGCGGUUACGCAUGAGGAUUAA